AUGGCACGCGCGGGCGACCAUCCCUGGCCCAGCUGGUUCCAGGACUCGGUGCAGCACGCGCAGCUGCUGACCAACCGCACGCUGAGGGGCUACCUGCUGUCACACAACGCUGAGCGGUGGCCCGAGGUGGUCAAGGCCACGCUGCUGUACGGCGUGCUCUGCCUCCAGCGCGACUUCCCCGGCCAGCCCGCGCUGGAGCUGGCGCAGCUGCACGAGGCCAGCCGGCGCCUGCAUGCCGAGGCGGCACUGGGCGCGGCCCUGCCCCGCAUCCGCUCCGAGUUUCAGUCUCUGGAGGCAGACGUGGGCGGCUUCCUGGCUGAGCUGGACCCAAACCGACACGGCGGCGGAGGCAGCGGCGGGCGCGCGGGCCAGGCGGCUGCCGGCGGCGGGGCCGCCCGCAGCACGGCUCCACGCUCGCUGCGCCUGACCCCCAGAGAGUGCGACCCUGCGGCAGCGACAGCAGCAGCAGCGGCGGCAGCAACACCGCGGGCUGCCGCCCCGCUGCCCAGGGCCAGGGCCAAGCCAGCCCCCGCUGUCUACCCCGACUGGUGGCCCAAGGAUGCGGCGGCGGCAGCCGCGGCAGCACGCCGCGCCUCUACCGCCUCCAAGCAGCGGCCGCCGCCGCGGCUGGCCUACUCGCGGCCUCCCUCCGCCCCGCCCAGCGUUACGCAGGAUGACUUGCCCACCGCCGCGUUCCUGCUGGUGCCGCCCCGCCUGAGCAGCGGCGGCGCCACGGGCAGGGGCAGCAGCGCCAGGGGUAGCAGCGGCAGGGCGUCCCAGGCACAGCAGGGGGAACCCAAGGGGGGGACCGCGCUGUCCAAGGUAAAGCUGCAGCAUGCGCAGCGGCUGGCGCUGCAACGGCAGGGGCAGCAGGCGGACCAGGCGGUGCAAGGCGACGCGAGCCUGUGGCAUUGCGGGCGCGGCGGCGACGGCUCUGGUCAACUGCCGGCUCCCGAUGACGGCCCAGGCACAGCUGGGCCCGUGGCCACCCCCUCGUCCUACGACCCCGCCUCUGUGGCCAAGUGGCGGCAGCACUUUGGGCUGUGA